UCAACUCUAUCCGGCUGUCUGGGUUGUGUUUCAUUCUGAAACCCGCUGCGGUUUAAACAGGUUUUUCUUCUUCUCCAGCAACAUCAUGAACAUUAUAGCUGUGAGUGUGAUUCUUUUUGGAGCCGUACCCAAUGUGGUGUCUGGAGGAGUCCGAGUGAAAGGACCACUAGGAGGAAACGCUUCUGUUCACUGUUCAUACGACAACGGAAGUGAGAGUUACCCAAAGUACUUCAGUAAAGGUAAACUUAAAACAGAGCUUGUGAGACUGAACAGCAGAGGAAUGUGGCCCCAGGACAGCAGAUUCUCUCUGGAGGACGAUAAGGGGAACAGAGUAUUCACUGUCACUAUCAGGAACCUGAGUGUGGAGGACGCUGGGCUUUACUGGUGUGGGGUGGACCGGUGGCUGUGGGAUUUUCUGACGGAGGUCAACCUCGACGUAGUGCAAGAUGUAGCGCAAGAUGCAACCAGUGAGAAUGCUUUUGUUUCCCAAACUACAUCUUCAGCCACCAUAACCAGGCAGAGAACUACAGAACCACAGGACCAGCAAACCUUCAUUAGAGAUAAAUCUGUGCAUCUUGGAGUCUCUCUGGCUGUAGUUAUGCUGCUGUGUGGGACUACAAAUGCUAUAUUCUUCAUUAUGAAGAACAACAAGGCAAAAGCAGGCGCCUCCACACAGUCUGAAAAUUACACAGAACAUGAUGUGGACAACUGUAUGUACGACAAAAUCCUCCCAAAAAACAGCAUCUCUUUAGCCACUAUCCAGAGCCCAGAUUCCACCAUCUAUGCUACUCCAACAUCGAGUCGAACCCGGACUCUCUCUCCUCCAUCCCACAGCGAACCUGCAGCAAUCCAGGGCUGCUCUGGAGAAACCCAACUUCAACAUCCUGAAGCAGUGGUGUAUUCUGUUGUUCCACGCUCUCCAACCUGUCCACAACCUCAGAGUUAUGCACCAAUUAUCACUUCAACACAAUCCGUUUCCCUACUCUAUUCCAAAUUCUGCUUUCAGCAGCGAUCACAUGUGCUUAAUGACACUUCUUCUUUCCCAGAGGAGUCACAUGAUGUCUAUGCUACUGUCCAGCAGCACUGAUAACACUUAGAUGCUAUUUCCUUUGCUUCUAAACUAAAUCUUUUAUCUAUAAAUCUAUAAAUCUUUUAUAGUAAAUUACAGUACGACAGUGUUUGGCCUAAUCAAAUGUGAUUUGAUGGUUUGUGUGUAUCAAAAUAAUAAUGAAAGGUGUUGUAACUUGUCAACAAAAUUGCUUCAUUUUGCUCCACAAAUAAACAACAAGA